AUGUCAUUCUUUGGAUUUGAUACUUCUUUACCAGGUGCUGGUAAAUCCAAGGGUGAAAAUCCUAUUCCUGAAGGUGAAAAACCUCUGGAUUUUGAAGAAACAUAUCGUGGACUUGGUGAUUAUCAUGAAGAAGAAGAAGAUUAUUUGAACGAAGAGACGUUUGGUGCUAAUGCAGAACUAGGAACUGAUUUCGAUUUCGGUCACGGAAGUGGUAGUACUACUUCUCAAGAUACUUCAGGUAUACAAGGGUCAGUAGCACCAGCUUCUUAUGUUACCUCCAAUAGGUCAUACUUGGCAGCUGCAAGACAAGGUGAUACACAACCAUUAGAACCAUCUGUUGAUUUAAAACCAAUGGAAUCCUUAUGGGGUGGAGGUGCUCCCCAAUUGCAACAACAGCAACCACAACCUCAGAAAGUGGCAGAAACUUUGUCCAUGGAGGAAUUGGAGAGACAACAACGUCAAAGGCAACAAAUGGCGGCACAACAAGGAUUUGUUGUACCUCCUCCUGGUUAUGUCGGACCUCAAAGUUUUAUGCAACAACCUUCACCUCCACCACAGGCAAAUAUGUAUCCCCCUUCAUUUGCAGCAGGUGGAUUACCUCCUCAAUUCCCUAUGAUGUAUCAACAGGGUCAACCUCCUGCUUAUCCUCCUCCCCAGGAAGUACAGCAACAAGCAGCAGCAGCCCAGGCGGCACAAGCCGCACAAGCCGCACAGGUUCAAGCUAGGGCUCAAGCACAAGCUCAGGCUCAGGCACAGGCUCAAGCCCAGGCUCAAGCUCAAGCCCAGGUCCAAGCACAAGCCCAAGCACAAGCCCAGACACAAGCUCAUGCCGCACAAGCUCAGGCUGCCCAAGCUCAAGCUGCCCAAGCUCAAGCUGUACAGGCUCAAGCUGUACAAGCACAAGCUGCACAAGCACCACAAUUCGCACAACCACUCGCUUCGCCUGGCGAAGCUGUACAUGCUCAAAUUCAAGUUCCUGGUCCUGGUGCCGCUGCCUCUCCUAGAGCGAGAUUUUCUUCCCCCCAAUUUGGACCUCAACAUUUGCAGCGUUCUCGUGGUCCUGUGAGAAAAGAUCCAUUGACCGCUGAAGAACAAAAACGUCUUCAAAUUCGUCAAGCUAAGGUGGAAAGAAUUUUAAAACAUUCUGGGUUGAUGACUCCUCGUGAUAAAGACUUUAUCACACGUUAUCAAUUGUCUCAAAUUGUUACCGAAGACCCUUAUAACGAAGAUUUCUAUUUCCAAGUUUACAAAAUUAUUCAAUACGGCGGUGUUGUUGGUGAAUCGAAUAAAGAUUUAAUCGCAAGAGCUUAUUUGGAGCAUUCUGGUCACAGAUUGGGUGGUCGCUAUAAGCGCGCUGACGUUGCAUUGCAAAGAAUGCAAAGCCAAGUGGAAAAAGCUGUUACUGUAGCCAAAGAAAGACCUCAAAAGAACAAGGACCAUGUUGAUACUUCUCGUGAAGGUGUUCUAGGUAAAAUCUCAUCUGCCAUGAAUAGCAAGGCUCCUCGUAGACAAUUGCAAAUUCCAGCUCCAAAAUCGGAAAGUGCUGACAGUGCAGUGCUGGAUGAUAUUGCUUCUGGGACACCAGGCUUCUCCAAUGGUUCAACUCCCGCUCUAGAUGACGUGACCGAUUCUUUGGAAAAUGUAGAAAUUAGUCAAAGAUCAAGAGCUAGAAGAAGAUCGUCAUAUGCAUUUAGCUCAGUUGACCAAAGUUCGGUCUUGUCUCGUUCUGGUGGUAGAAAAUUCGUUUUAUCUUUAAUUGAAACUGUUUAUGGUGUUGUUUUGGAAUUGGAAGAGCAGUUAAGAAGUGGUAAACAAAUAGACAAUUCUGCACUUUGGGAUGCAUUGCAUAUUGGUGAUGAAUCCUACGAUGUAUGCCCCUUCAUCUCAAUGUUAUCAUUCGACAAAGGUAUUAAGAUCAUGCCUCGUAUUUUCAACUUUUUGGAUAAAUCUCAAAAACUAAAACUUUUGCAAACUUUCUUUGAUGAGUUAUCCCAUUUGAACAUCAUUAUCAUUUCUUCCUACAAGACUAAUGAUUCACCAACAGAAUCCCAGCUGAGAAAAAUCGAUCUAUUCCAAUCCAUUUUCCUAAAGAUCAUCGUCUCCUUUUUAUCCAACAGUGCAGACUUUAUUGAAAUUAUGGGUCUAUUAUUAUACCUAAUUAAAAACAACAACGUCUCAUUCAUCUCUACUUCCAAGAUCGGUCUGAAUUUGAUCACAGUUUUAAUUUCCCGUGCGGCUCUUAUUAAGCAAGAUAUUAACAGAUCAAACGUUUUAUCAUCACCAGAAAUUUCUGCUUGGAAUGGUGUCUACGAUAAAUUGUUUACAUCCUUAGAGACCAAAUUGUCAUUAGUCUUCCCACCAAAGGAAUACAUGGAUAAAGUUGUUUGCGCUGGUUCACGUCCUUCUACAGCAGUGUCAUCACCAUCAAUGAAUUCAACGAUACAGUCUUAUGACCAAGCAUACAUCUGGCAAUUCCUGGCCUCAUUAGCAUUGAGUGGUAAACUCAACCAUCAACGUAUCAUUAUCGAUGAGGUUAGAGAUGAAAUCUUUGGAACCAUUAAUGCUGCAGAACAAUUAGGAUCCACGGAACAGGAUCAAAACGUUUCAAUGUACAAGAGGGAAAAAUUGUAUCAAGAUUUGAACCUGUUCCUAAACGUAAUGGGCCUGGUUGCUCGCGACAAGGAAAUUACGGAAUUAAAAUAA